CAUGGUAUGACAUACACAUAUUCAUACAUCCAUGAAAUAUUAUUUUCAAAUAUAGCGACAUUUUUCUUUCCUGACAACAUAGGUUUUACAUUAAUCAAUUUACUAGCAGACGACACUUACGGUUCAAACAAACAUUUUAGACAAAGUGUUUCCUGUGUGGUGCCUCAACAGCAUCUCGCUCAGCGUACCACAGAAGCUGCAUAAUUUAUUCAUCUUUCGUGAAGCAUUUGUGUUGUGUGCAAUAAGCCUUCGAUGUUAAUUUGAAAACAAAAUGUUUAUUGUUUCAGUGUAUUUUAAAGUUGCUUUUGCACUUAUUUGUGUUGGAUUAGUAUUCGAAGUUAUUGGAUUUGCCUCUCCAUACUGGGCAUCGUGGGAAUCAAGUUAUGGAGAUGCAAAUACUGGUUUGUGGCAGCAUUGCAGUGACCAUUUUAAAAGAAGCAGUGGUGAUCGAUGCUAUAAAUACAGAAAUAUAAGUACAGCAGUUGGGGCUGCAAGAGCAUUUUCUGCCAUAGCAGUGAUUCUGUUUGUUGUCCUGCUGAUUCUGUUGUUGAUAUACUGGUGUCAAUGUCCACGGUCUGAUCUCAUUCUAGCAUGUAUCAUCAUCAGUUUUAUCACGGCUGCCUGUGCGUUUAUAGGAGUGAUUUGUUGGGCGUCUAAAAGUGAUAGUAGUCUUAGCUGGGCCUUCUAUCUUUGUGUCAUUGCUGGGAUAUUGGCGGUAAUCGCAGGCAUACUCCUUAUCCCUGAACGGAGGAUUAUAGUGAUUGGUCGAACAACUACUGGUGGUUCCAGCACCGUCCGAACAGUAACAACAACAAGAACUGUCACCGUUAGAUAAGCUGCAAAAUUUUAAUAGUGAAUUGAAAACAUUUUUAGUGUAUAAUUCUUCUGGAUGAUGUAUGAAUUUUCAGUCAAACUCAUAAAUUAUUUUGCAAUAUUUACAAGGACGUUUCAUACGUGAAUAAGAUAUAUUUGACCCACCCUAUGUACCACAAUAUCUUUUGAUACAAAUCUGAGAUAAUACUUUCUAUUUUUAACUAAAAUAAUGUGAAAGCUUUUCCGCCUACAAGGUUUAUUAUUCAUUAUAUAAAAAAUCGUUUACCUGAUAAUUGUUAUGACUGAAUUUAUAUUUUGCUAGGAAUGAAUCAGGUUUUAAAAAAAAAUGAAAAUGCAAAUUACGUUUUCGUAUUCAUCUGACAUUACUAUGAAUAAUGAGUGUUGAUAGGAAAAUCUUAAUCCUGUAUCGUGCCUCAGGUAUUGAUUCAUAAAGACAUGUUUCAGUAAAUAUGUGGAAUGCGAUAACCUUGGCAACAACUGGUGUUGUUAUAGCAUAUAGACAUCGAUUUCUGAAUACUGUAUAAAAAUAAGAUUUUAUCAUUUUAUACAAUAGACAAAUAUUAUAUAGGUAAAUUUCCAUCAUUACCAGACGCUGUUUUGAAAAAGAGAUGCAAUAUACUAGUUAUACUUUUUCAUCGUUACUAAUAAAAAAUAUAUUGGAUUUAUUCCUGAUUAAAAAUUGGGUUUUUUUGGGGUUUUUUUUGCAUUUAUGCGAGGCUUUCCUAAGCUUAUGGUUAUAAUAGUUAAUCUCACUUCCUCAGGUGUUAACAUCAGCUCGUAUUUGAAUUGGUAUUGGGUGGGUAUCGCCACUUCACUUGAACAUUGUGAACACAGAAAAUAAAACUGUGCGGUGAACUUUUUUCCCAUUUUCAGUUGAAAGUUGAUUAAAUCAAUUUUCCUGUUGUGGUUUUUUGUCAUUUAUUGUAUGUAUAUAAAUCAUUUAGACAUCUUAGUAAAAAAAAACCCGGAGGAUAUGAAAUACAAAGAAAGGAAAGAUUGGUUUAAGUAAAACAAUUUAAAGAUAUAUAAGGAGAAAACAAUAUUUUAUUUACAAUUAAAGAAGGCCAAAAGAAGGUAAUUUUUAUAUAUCGGACCUUUAUUUUAGACAAAAACAAAACCAAAAGCAAUGGUAUAAGGAUUUAGGUCAACAUAUAAAAUAUCAAAGGUUAGAAAAUCAUGAUCCAGUUUAUACUGAUACUGAAAAUAAUACAACUAGUCCCACACACUGCUAGUUAUGAAAAAAUGGGCAAUAUUAUAAUACUCAUAUGCUUAUUGGCAGCAUUUACAGAAUUUACAUGUAUGAUCGACUCAACUUUCCUAGGUAAUAUUUAAGAUUUUGAACUGGCCAAGGUUGACUCAUAAGUCAAAGAUCAUUGGUCAGACAGCGAGUAUUAUAUUUUUUUAGAAAAACAUUUUGAAAUUACUUUAGAAUCAUUACUCUUUAAAUAUUAUUACGUUUUUGAAUUACAGAUUUUUUGGAUGCUCAAGUUUUUAUAGAUAAAUUAAUGUGCCUAUCUUGCAAAAGUUUUUCGACUGCAUACUAUCCAUCCAUAUUAUACCUCACUACACGUUAUUAUUAACUUUGUUUGAAAUUAUUUUUAUAUUAACGCUUUAUGACCAGUGCAAUUUUGAAAAGAUUUUAAAUCUUUGACCAAAUAUAUGCAAUUAGUAUUAUUAUGCUAACUAUAUAUUAUAGAACUGCUUUGUGUAAUAGUGAAUUUUAACAAAAUAAAUAGUUUAGAUUU